UGUGCGAGAGGAGAAAACACUUGAGGAGUGUUAUGUGCAGCCAAUCGUCUGUACAAAUCCGCAAGACUACAACAAGGCUGGGAGUGGGAGGGAGGACUCGGGAAGCAAAACAUGGCGAAAAAACAAGUUUGUCUGAUAGCCGCUGUUUGAAGCUGCACCGUGUCUGUAGUGUUGGACUACAACUACAAAGUCAUACAAUUUGAACGCUGGAGAAGGGAAGCAAGGCGUAAGACUCGAGGGCCCCAGUUUACAAGUAUUACGGUGGCUGUCGAGAAAAUAGUGCCUGCCUGCCUGCCUGCCUGUCUGCGCUCUCCCCGGAAGGUUGGCAGUGCUAGGCGCGACUAUCAACACAGAAAAUGGACGAAGGAAAGUUUAUUCUGGAAAAGACUAUUUAGCCGACCAGUUUAGCAACGUUGGAUUGAUCGCAUGCACGCACCUGAAUCGGUAUACGGAUGAACGCGCGCUCUGGUCGAAAUUGAGGAAUAUUUUUUUUUUCGUGUUAACAACUUUGACAACUGCACUCGCGGAUAAGCGUAUUUUAAAACGAGGCCAUUAUUUUCAUUUUCCGCACCUGUCUUAAUAUUCCUGGAGGACAUUUAUUUAAAGCUCAUAUUGACAGUCGGUUCUGGUGCGGUGCGGACGGACCCGGACGCCAUCACAUCAGACGUUGCGUUCUCCUUAAAAACAACCAUUGCGUUGCUAUAGCCGUACAUGUAGUUUUCUACUUUAACGGCUUAACAAGGAAUGUUUCAGUGGCACACCAUACCUAUGUCGUAGUUGUCCUCCGCGACACGCAACAUUUUUAUCACAGAUAACAUUAGCUGAAUGUUGUACAGCAGCAGAGACGCGGCGUCUCGUUAAAAUGAACGCAGCAAGGUGUUCAACAACAGUGGAGGUGCAUCGCAUUGGAAAGCUGCCAGUUGUUAGAACGGUACCGAGGGCCGGCUAACGGUGACGUUAACAGUUAAUUGACAUUUCUUUAAACUGCAUUCAGUAAGACAACUGCGAAUAACAUUAGAGCUCUGGGCCAGAGUUGACGUGAGCUAGUCAGCUGGGUGCGUCUGUGUGGCAGCUCAAUCUGCGAUGUGUUUGCUAAUCUAAGUGCUAACGUUACCGCGCUGUUCCGCAACAGUUUCAGCAUAUUGGACAGCCCGUUUGCUAUAUUUUAUCAAUAGAUAAGUCCUUGCGAACUCGGUUUAGCAGCCACUUAACAUUUCCCCAAGUAACUCUUGAUAAAAUAGCUGGCUAACUUGUUAGCUAAGGUUCAAAGUUUCGCCAGCUAUGUCUGAAAACGCCCCCACACGAAGCCUGGAUGACAUAGACCUCGCAGCUCUGAGGGAUCCGGCAGGAAUCUUUGAGCUGGUCGAGGUCGUCGGCAAUGGGACAUAUGGGCAGGUAUACAAGGGCCGUCAUGUGAAGACGGGCCAGCUAGCCGCCAUCAAGGUGAUGGAUGUCACAGAGGAGGAGGAAGAGGAGAUCAAAGCGGAAAUCAACAUGCUGAAAAAAUACAGCCACCACCGCAAUAUAGCCACAUACUACGGUGCCUUUGUCAAGAAGAGUCCACCAGGACAUGAUGACCAACUUUGGCUGGUGAUGGAGUUCUGUGGGGCGGGUUCGGUGACCGACCUGGUGAAAAACACUAAGGGCAGCUCUCUGAAGGAGGACUGGAUCGCUUACAUCUGCAGAGAGAUCCUAAGGGGCCUUUCUCACCUCCACGCCCAUAAAGUUAUCCACAGAGACAUCAAGGGCCAGAACGUGCUGCUAACGGAGAAUGCAGAGGUCAAACUGGUUGAUUUUGGUGUGAGUGCUCAGUUGGACAGGACUGUUGGGCGUAGGAACACCUUCAUCGGCACACCUUACUGGAUGGCACCUGAGGUUAUUGCCUGUGAUGAGAACCCUGACUCCACCUAUGACUACAGGAGUGAUAUCUGGUCCCUGGGGAUCACAGCCAUUGAGAUGGCAGAGGGAGCUCCUCCCCUGUGUGACAUGCACCCAAUGAGAGCCCUCUUCCUGAUUCCCAGAAAUCCCCCUCCAAAACUUAAAUCAAAAAAAUGGUCCAAGAAAUACAUCGACUUUAUAGAGGGCUGUCUCGUGAAGACCUAUACCAGCCGACCAUCCACAGAGCAGCUUCUCAAGCACUCCUUCAUCAGGGACCAGCCCACUGAGCGCCAGGUCCGAAUUCAGCUCAAAGACCAUAUUGACCGUACGCGCAAGAAAAGGGGAGAGAAAGAAGAAACAGAGUAUGAGUACAUCAGUAGUGAUGAAGAGGAUGAAAAUCGUGGAGAUGACCGAGAGUCAAGUUCAAUCCUCAAUGUGCCCGGUGAGUCCACCCUGAGGCGGGACUUCCAGCGUCUGCAGCAGGAGAACAAAGAGCGCUCGGAGGCUCACAAGAGGCAGCAGGCCCAACUGGCUGCUCAGCGUCGGGACCCUGAGGAACACAAGAGGCAACUGUUGCAUGACCGACAGAAACGCAUUGAAGAGCAGAAGGAACAGCGUCGCCGACUUGAAGAACAACAGAGGAAAGAGCGAGAGAUGGUGAGGCAGCAAGAUAAAGGUCCCCAUCGGAGAAUUGACGAUAUGAGACGGGAGGAAGAUAGAAGGUUGGCUGAGAGGGAGCAGGAGUUUAUCAGACAUAAGUUAGAAGAAGAGCAGCGGCAAUUAGAAAUCCUCCAGCAGCAGUUGCUUCAGGAGCAAGCACUGCUUAUGGAGUAUAAGCGCAAGCAGCUGGAGGAACAGCGUCAGUCCGAGCGACUGCAGAGGCAGCUGCAGCAGGAGCAUGCCUACCUGGUGUCUUUGCAACAACAGCAGCAAGAAAAGAAGCCCCAGCUCUACCACUAUAACAAAAACCUGGAGCCCAACAACAAACCUACAUGGGCCCGUGAGGUGGAGGAGCGAAGUAAGCUCAACAGACAGGGCUCACCCAAAAUUUGCACCACUGUCUCUGACACUGCCAUCCAGUUGCGCUCUGACUCAAUCAGCCAAUCAGGGGGGGCCCAGUCUGCUCAGACCCCACCAAUGCAGAGGCCUGUUGAACCCCAAGGGGGGCAGGGAAAGUUCCAGAUGGCUCACUUGGUUCCAUUGAAGCCUUAUGCUGCCCCUGUCCCUCGUUCCCAGUCCCUCUGUGACCAGCCCACUAAGACCAUGUCCGCAUUCCCCACCCAGGAUCCCUCCCUUACCCCCACACCCCGCCCCAUCCACUCUAGAGAGCUGGUGCGUCAAAACUCUGACCCCACUUCUGAAACCCCGGCACCACUGGCACACCAAAUCGGAGAGGAUCGCGGCCCCUGGAUCCGCCUGCCAGAUGUGGAACUCCCACCUAAGAUUCCCCAGAGGACAGCGUCUAUUGCCACAGCUCUCAACACCAACCUGACCUCUGGCAUAAGGCAUCCAGUACGGGCCAGCAAUCCAGAUCUCAGCCGCAAUGAUCGCUGGGAGAGAGGAGACUGUAUGAGCAUCAUAUCCAAUCUUCCCCAGACUGGCUCUCUAGAGAGGCAUCGCAUCCUCAGUUCCUCCAAAAUGGAUUCACCCAUUCUCUCCCAUGAUAGCCGUCAUAAAACAGGGGAGUCUCGCACCUCCUCCCGCCCUGGGCGCCCUGCUAGUUAUAAAAGAGCUAUAGGGGAGGACCAUGGCCUCUUUGCCAAGGAGCGUGCUGAGGAGCAGCCAAGGCCCCCAGUCAAGGCCAAUGAUUACUCCUCCUCUUCGGAAAGCAGCGAAAGUAGCGAGGAGAGUGAGAGUGGUGAAGGAGCCGAGGAAGAAGAAAGCCCCACAGAUCGACACAGGGACGCAGACACUGAUUCAGUCAACACCAUGGUGGUUCAUGAAGACGAGAGCGAGGGGGGAGAGACAGAGCAAGCUGGGGGCUAUGGCGAUCAGACCAUGCUGGUGCAGAGGACCCCAGAGAAGCGGAGCCAUAAUGGAUACACUAACUUGCCAGAUGUGGUGCAGCCCUCCCACUCCCCUACUGAUUCAGCCACUCACUCCUCCCCUGGGAAGGACUCUGUUUAUGAUUAUCAGUCCAGAGGUUUGGUCAAAGCAUCUGGCAAAUCCUCCUUCACCACCUUUGUGGAUCUGGGCAUGUACCAGACACCAGGAGGUACAGGGGAUAACAUGUCCGUCAGCGGCUUGAGGUUUGAGCAGCUUAAGAUGGAGGUGAGGAAAGGAUCCAUGGUGAAUGUCAAUCCCACAAACACGCGCCCACCCAAUGACACACCUGAGAUCCGCAAGUACAAGAAGAGGUUCAACUCUGAGAUCCUGUGUGCUGCGCUCUGGGGUGUUAACCUGUUGGUGGGCACAGAGAACGGUCUGAAGCUGCUGGACCGUAGUGGUCAGGGCAAGGUUUACCCCCUCAUCAACUCCCGCAGGUUCCAACAGAUGGACGUCCUGGAGGGCCUCAACCUGCUCAUCACCAUAUCAGGCAAGAAAAACAAAGUGCGUGUCUACUACCUGGCCUGGCUGAGGAACAAGAUCCUCCACAAUGACCCUGAGGUGGAGAAGAAGCAGGGCUGGACCACUGUGGGGGAGAUGGAGGGCUGCGUGCACUACAAAGUGGUGAAAUACGAGAGGAUAAAGUUUCUGGUGAUUGCUUUGAAGAAUGCGGUGGAAGUCUAUGCUUGGGCGCCCAAACCGUAUCACAAAUUCAUGGCCUUCAAGUCUUUUGCAGACCUGCCACACAGGCCUGUCCUGGUCGACCUGACUGUGGAAGAGGGGCAGAGGUUGAAGGUGAUCUACGGUUCUUGUGCUGGCUUCCAUGCCAUCGACGUGGACUCUGGAAACAACUAUGAUAUUUAUAUCCCAGUUCAUAUCCAAAGCCAGGUGAUGCCGCACGCCAUUGUCUUCCUGCCCAGCUCAGAUGGCAUGGAGAUGCUGCUGUGCUACGAAGAUGAGGGCGUCUAUGUCAACACCUACGGACGCAUCAUCAAGGACGUGGUCCUGCAGUGGGGCGAGAUGCCCACCUCUGUUGCUCAUAUCUGCUCAAACCAGAUCAUGGGAUGGGGAGAAAAGGCCAUUGAGAUCCGUUCUGUGGAGACUGGCCACCUGGAUGGCGUCUUCAUGCACAAAAGAGCUCAGAGGCUGAAGUUUCUUUGUGAGAGAAAUGACAAGGUGUUCUUUGCAUCAGUGCGGUCUGGAGGCAGCAGCCAGGUGUACUUCAUGACGUUGAACAGAAACUGCAUCAUGAAUUGGUGAAGGAACAGCUGCUCUGGUCAGUGUGUGGAACCCAGCAGGGUUCAGAGAAGCAAGUGCAUCCGAAAUUCUCUCAAACGCAUGCACACAAAUGUCAACACUUCUCUCCCUUUAUCUCCAGCUCGCUCUCACUCAGUCACGCACCUGCACACACACACACACACACACACACACACACACACACACACACACACACAGUUUUUUCUUUCAAUCUAUUCCAGCUUACACAAACACUCCAUCAUUUCUACAGAGGCUCCAUGAUAACAUUAUCUCUGGAAUCAAAUGUUAAUACCAUCUACAGUGUAUGGAUUUGUACUGUAAAUAUUCUUGUCUUGAUUUCCUUUACUUGGUGGACCUGUGUUCAGUCGUAAAUGAUUAGUUCCUAAUUGUAAAGUAUGUUUUAAAAAACACAUUCCUGUGUGGUUCUAAAGUACGUUUUGAAGAAGGCAUUAUUCACCAAUACUGUAUGUUGAAAUGAAGCUGUAAAUAGGUAGCACCUUACACUUAGAUCUGAAUCAUUUGCAGGCCUCUAAUAUAGCCUCCAUUUGGUGUGUUGCACACAUGGACGUCAAAUAAUAAAAUGCUGGAACGCCCAUCUCCAGUGGCUUGUGAACCCCCAAUGUUUUGGAGCGCUCACAAUUUCAGGGAGGCUUAACGGAAGGAUGUAGUACAAAAAAUAUUACAAAGAGACAUUACAGUCAGGACAAAGUAGCUUGUUGAAGUAUUUUUUUGUUUAUGUAUAGUAGACAGUAACCUGAAGUCCGGCUUUCACUAACUUUUUCCAACCUGAAUGGCAAAUGCUGUUGCAACUCUUAAUCACAGCAAGUAAGCCUUGAAUGCUUGAAAAGCAAAACUAGAUUUCAUUUUAAAAAUUAAUAAAUUACACAAAAAAAGAACCCAAUCAGAAGUCUCGUAAAUGUGCAGUACUCAGAAUCAGUAAUGUGAAAUCUCCUGCUUUGCCUUUUUUCUUCUUCUAUGGUUUAGGUGAAUUUAUUAUUUGACUCAUCAGGCUUGUAUCUAAACUUUUCUGUUUUCAUAGAUUUACAAAAUACAAAAAAAUGGUAUUUAUAUGUAGUGCUUCUGCAUUGAUAUUAGCCUACUGGUAUUCUUAAUUUCACUGUAAUUAUAUUGCCAUUAUAUUGCAAUAUAUGCUAUUCUGUGGAGUCUUUGUUUAAAAAGGUGGGGGGUUUGUAUAUUUGGGUGGUAGUGUUAAGGAGUACAAUGACACCUUUUAGAGGAGAGAGAGAGGGCACGAGUUAUGUCACAUUGGAGAAACCUGAAAGGGGGGUGUCACUGAGAUUACAGUGAUUAAGGGAGAUCAUUUUUGUGGUUCUUUCACCCUACUACCACAGUGAUCUACUCCGCUGUAUUAUAUUUCAGUUCUUAGACUAUUUUGUUAGUGUGGAUCUUUUUUGUGUGAGUGUUUGUUCAGGGGAUUGCAGUAGAACAGGUCUUAGUGUGGUACAGUUCAUAAAUUGUCUUAGGCCAGUAGAAAGCUUUUAUGUAGGGCGACUCUGCAAUACCCCAGAGGACUCCAUCUCAUCAGGCACUUUGGAGAGGACGGCUGAACCACAUGAGACUUAAUAUAUGACUUAAUAUAUUUUUAUCUAUACACUCUGCCAAAGUUCACAGCAAAUUCUGCAAGGGGGGUAUAAAUCCAGGCCAAAUGAAAUAUUGCUUACAUGGCAACUAUAAAGAAUUUCCUCGUCCUGCAGAUCUUUAACCAAUGUUCCUUUCUCUAAUAUACAUUCAAAAAGCUAGCUGACUUGCUAGCUGUUUGGCAUUUUCUAUAGAUCUUGACUAUAAAUUAAUUGCCUGCUUUGUUUAGGGAACUACAUAAGGGAGAAAGUUUGUGUGUGUGUGUUUGUUUGUGUUUGUUCUCAUACACCAGGCAAUACAGUAGAAGUAUGAGAUAGUGUUAUCAGGAAGUAGCUUGGUGAUUAUCAGUCGGCAAUGGGUAUGUCAACACAUGAAUCAAGCUUUUUGUUUAGUGCUUUACAGCUGGACAUUUUUAAAGUCAAGUUUUUUUUUUUCUUUACUCAGAAGAAGUAUGCGUCUUCUCAGCAUGGAGUUGUUAGUUCACAUGCUUAUGAAUAGAAGCUGGCAUGUUCUUCUUAAAAGAGCGCAAAUGUAUUUCUUUGUGCGAAACUGUAGGUAUAAAAAGCGUUUGGUUAUUAUGAAAGGAAUAUUGGCUAGUAAUCAAUGGGGUAGUCUGCUAAAAGUUGCUGAGAAGAUAUAUUUCAUAAAGGCAAAAGGAAAGCUAUUAAGAAUGCAGUAUAUGUUUAGGGCAGAGAGUUUAAUCAAAGAGUAUAUGAAUAGAUCGUUAAUUUUAUGAUGAGACCAUAAAACAAACCAUAAAUGGGCAUGGAAAGCACUUUUACUUCAGUAAACACACAUUUACAAAUAUAUCUUUAACAGAUACUUGGUGUGCAUGUAAGCCAUUAAAAUAGAGUAUAUUGUACAUUAUCAAAGUUGUGUUCCCAUUUUUAUCAAAUGUGUUUUUACUCUUGAAUAUCUGUCAUGUGCCAUGACUUACAUUUCAGAUGUCACAAUUACAGUCCACCAGGAAUUCUGGCACUUAUGCUUUUUAUGGUCAAAUCAUAAUUUUUUUUAUCAAUCUGGCAUGUUUACAGUUAAAGCAGUGCCUUGGAUUUGGGACGGUGAGAGAUAUAAGGACCCCCUCCCCCCACGCGCACACACACACUUGUCUCUUGCUUGAAAUCUCAUGAAGAAAAGGUACAACUAUAUUUUCUUCCUCAAUAUGGGGAUUUAUGUCCUGUGCCACUGAAGUCAAAUCCAGAUUAUCCUGUAGUAAACUUUAAAUGCUUUUUUGGCACUGUGAAUAUUACCUAAAAGCGACAAUCCAUUCAGAAAGAUGCAAUAACAAAUAAAUUAACACAUGUCCAAUUAAUCCAGUGUGACGUGUAAAGGAUCUCCUCACAGUGGGAGCCAGCAGAGUGAAAAGCCAUACGUGUGAAACAUGUUUGUAGAGUAAACUUAGUACAUGUGGCGGAUCAAAUUCCAACUCUUGUUUAAGAUGUCUGCCCAGAAAAUGUCGGUUCUUGCAGCAAAGAUUAGAAAAGAACUGGUUCUUAAAUGAUGUUAGUUGUGUAAUCUUGUAGUGGAGAAAGUAGCUUCAUAUAUUCUGAGAAGCCUAUUUUAUAAAACAUGUAAAUUGGUCUAUAUUGAGAAAUUAAAGUGAAUGUACAUCUAUAAGACAGAUUUGUAUUUAUAUGAAACUGUGUAUUGCUCUAUUAGUCAAAGCACAAUGUAUUUUAAGGUAGAGAGGUCAAAGCUAGCAUUGAUUGUAAUGGAGAGAUGGAGUUUGUUUUUCCCUAUUCACUCAGCAGUCGUCAAACUCGUCAGUAUGUAAUCCGUCUAAGUAGUUGGUUAUAGUGAAACAAGUGGUCUGUUGAAACAGCUGUGUGUAUGUAGACUGUCAAUUACUGCAGCAUUUCCAAAUAAGGUCAUCUGUCUUCUUUUUACCAGACCAGUCAGAUGUGGCUUUGAUUCAGACACUUGUGGUGACUCACAGAUUGGUGUUCGAUCUGGCCUCUGGUGUAAAUUGCCUGUGUGGAGUUGACAGGCUGUUAAUGUGCUCAGGCGAUGAUGGGAAACAUCACACAGGUGGUGCAUUGGUGAUGUGACGGGCGUGAUGGCCCUUGCAGGAAGUUACUGGCUCUUGGCUAUCAGAGAAAGGCAGCAUUUAGCAAGGGAAAAGUGCAUUGAUCAAUUAAUAACAAUUCCAGAAUAAAGGCAAAAACAACAACUUAAUCAUCAUUUCUUGACAACUUAAGUUUCAUGCAUUUUUGUCACCAGGUAUGAAAGUCCAUAAAGGGGAACUCCACUGAUACUCACAUCAAAUUCUGUUCACACGUCUUAGAGAGUACUACUGCAUAUGUGGAAAAAGCUUGCAUGAAGCCAUUUGGGAUUCCAAAAGGAGCUGCAUGAAUUGUGAUUAAUUACCUCAAGUGAUUCCACUUGAGUCAGCGGCAGUUGGGGCUGAAAACUACAAGUUUGAAAAUGAAAACAAUCUGGGAGGUGUGGAGUAAGAGAGAAGUGAACUUACCAGAUCUCUCUAGCUGCUCCUCAUCUCUGCAUGAGGCUAGCGGCUCAAGUAUAAAUUAGCCGCUAAUAGCACGACACACCUGAAUCUCUGACCAAAGUGUCGGCAGUUGCCUUGGAUUGUGGGUAAUGUAGCCAUCAGAUUUUACCGAGAUUUUUUUUUGGGGGGGGGGACUAAAGAUGUUAUGCAUUGAUUUUGAUACUUCUUAUUUGUUUUACUAUCCAUUGGCAGUCCAACCAUGUUAUAGCAUUUCAAUUGCUGGAGUACUCUUUGUGUUUUCCCCAAACACUAAGUACAGAGAGUGGGUGAGCAGACAUGUCCUGUGCCAUUUUGUUUGCAUCAUCUCAGCUGUUGCCUGGUAACAUCAGUAAGUGCACUUACUAACAAAUUAAGUUAAAACAGACUGUGAUGUGUACAAUAGUUUGAGUUCUCCUUUAAAACACAGCUCAUGUUGCAUAACAUAGAAUUUACUUGGAAUACUUAACUGUGUACCAAUUUGCUGUGGUGCACAAGCUCAGUGAGGCACAUCGAACUACUUCAUUUGAUGAUGUCUAACUAAAAAUAUUACAAAACACAAUACCAUAAUUUUUAUUUAGUCAUCUUUAUUGUCUGAUUUGUGCUGACAGUUGUUUUUCUGGAUAGCAUUGCAAUUAAAAACAGACAUGAUGUAUAUCUACGUGUAAUGCAGGAUGUCAUCUACUAGAUUGAGGCAGUCACUUCCAAAUAUUAAGCCUAAUUUAAUGCAACAUAAAUUCUUAUAAUGGGUUGUGGUUUGUGCCACAGGAGAGUAGUUCUGCUCGUUGAGUUCCCUAAAAGCACCUUAAGGUUUAAAAGUGCUAUUUUAUUUUGUACCAACAGCCAUUAAAGGACCCUUACGACUCCUUAGUCAGUGUCAGUCGGAGCAGGAGCAGGAGCAGAGUUGUUUGCUGAAUUCAUUUAAGCUCUGAACAAGUUUGGCAUCAGAAAGAAAGAGGCACCACUGAGUUGUAGGUGGUGCGCUAAAGGUGUAGAGCAUAGUCUUGAGACUUCUCAGACGACAUUUCUUUUUAAUAAGCAAUACAAGCAUUUGAACAAACCUAAACCGUGUGUGUGUGUGUCCGUGUGUGUCCGUGUGUCCUACGGAAAGCAAUUCUUCAGUGGCCUUUGGCAGACUGAAUGUAGGCUGGUUUGUGUGUUGCUUGUUGCAGAAGUUGUUCUGUACUUUACUUUUGUUUGUAAUCACUUCAUAUAACUGCGUCUCUCUCAGUUUAACACAAUCACCUAUUGGGAUGCUUGUUUUUAUUUUGCUAUAUAAUGAAGUCCCAGAAACCGCCUUUAAGGAGUCUAAUAUGAAAAGAUAAUAUUCUGUUGAGGCACUCCUCUCUCAUAGCUUAUAUUUCUAAUCAAUAACGUGUGAAUGGAUUAGCAGCUGUAGCUCGGAGUGAGGCAGAUCAAACUUGGGGAGCUCUAAAAUGAUGGAGCUUUGGACAGAACUACAAUAUCUAUUAAUGUUUUUCAAUAACUUUCUUUCUUUUUUUAAGACGGUAAACAUCUUUGCAAUGUUUUAGUGUGUGUGCGCGCGUUUGUGUUACUGUGUCUGUGAGAGGUUAACUCCAGAUUGUAUUUCAUAGACUGAUCAAAUUUAAACUUUCAAAAGAUUGUGCUGAAUGAAUUCAUGUCUUAAUACAGCAUUGUUUGAAAAAUUAAAUACCUUAAUCUCA